AUGACAGAUACAGAUACAAAUAUAACUCUUUUUUUAUAUCACCCUAUUCCCAUUCUUCUCUCUUUCUCUUUUUCUUUGGCUCUUCCUUCUGUUAUUAACUUGUUCAAGAAAAAUAUUCAAUCUCUUCUCGAUCUAACUACCGUCACUACUGCACAAUCUCACUCUGUUUCUCGUUCUGGUUUGGCUCUUGCUACGGCCAUCACCGAUAAGCUUCCGCUUCCGAAUGUUUUUGAAUCAACCAUGUUAAAUUCGAAGGCGAGCAUUAAUGAAAAUUCUUCAAGGAUUGAAUUUCUCUCCGGUGAUGUGGAUGGUUUGAUGUCUUGCACUGAAAGUCUCGGAUUCGAGAGUUCCGACGAGAGAAGAGUUAAUGAUAGAACGGAUGCGAAGGUGAAUAGUGACGAGAAGGAUGAGAUUUGGAAGAGGAGGAUGAGGAUGAAAAAAGGUGAGAGUAGAGGAAAUUGUAUGAGGUCGUUCCCGCCGCCGAUUCCGUCAUUGAAUCGGAAUGGGAAACCUAGCUUUUAUCUUAGGCCGGUGAGGAAAGACGGAAGGUUGGAAUUAACGGAAGUUAGAAUACACCGACCUGAUAUCCUUCACGCUUCCCGGCGUGAUGGACGGUUGACAUUGCAUCUAAUACCAGAUCGAGAAAGUGAAGAAGAAGGAGAAAGUGAAGAAGAAGAAGAAGAAAGUGAAGAAGAACAAGAAGAAGAAGAUGAAGAACUUGAGGUGGAAGAAGAAGAAGAAGAAAAUAUGAGAAUUCCUACGGUAGUGGGAAAUAGUAAUGAAGGGUUAAGGAGGUGUCAUGAAAUGGUGAAUCAUCAACAUCUACUUGUUCAUGGGAACCAAAUUCGAAUGUGUGUGUGA